AUGGGGACUCUAGGAUGGAUAGUGUUCUUGUGCAUCGCCAGCAGUGCUAGAUCGGAUGACACGUUUUACAACGAAACUGCUUCUGCUACACCAACUAUUGGUAGCUUGUUUGGAUAUGCUUUCGAGAUGCUCAUGGCAAAGCUAGACCAUAUGCCGCAAAGUGUUCUGCAACUACAGAUCGAGUUGGCCAAGCAGCGGGAAGAGGUUGCGGAAAGCAAGGCGCACAUGACCGUGGGACUGGACCAAAUGCAGCACAGUUUUCUGGAGCUACAGACCGAAUUGGCCAAGCACCGGGAAGAGGCUGCGCGAAGCCAAGCUGACACCAAGGAGCACAUGACCGUGGGACUAGACCAAAUGCAGCAGAGUUUUCUGGAGCUACAGAACGAAUUGGCCAAGCACCGGGAAGAGGUUGCGCAAAGCCAAAAUGACAGCAAGGCGCACAUGACCGUGGGACUGGACCAAAUGCAGCACAGUUUUCUGGAGCUACAGACCGAAUUGGCCAAGCACCGGGAAGAGGCUGCGCGAAGCCAAGCUGACACCAAGGAGCACAUGACCGUGGGACUAGACCAAAUGCAGCAGAGUUUUCUGGAGCUACAGAACGAAUUGGCCAAGCAGUGGAAAGAGGCUGCGCGAAGCCAAAAUAACAGCGAUAAGAGCCUGGUCGACAUUAAGAGGGCCGUGCAGAACAAUUUCGAUUCGAUGCGUCAAUGGGAGGAUGAUGUUGGACGCAACUUCACUCUCCUACAGGACCGAUCAUGGCAGAUCUUGACGCAAAUACUUACGCGUGUUACAACGAAGACCAAUCCUCUUUCACAUUUACCCUUUCGCUCGUGCAGUGAUAUUUGGAAUGAACAGUCUGGGGCCUAUAUUAUCCAGGUGAACGAUGAAAGUAACCCUUUUAUGGCGUACUGUCACCGGGAUAUGAAGGGUAAAGGCAUCUGGUUGGUGAUACAGCACCGAUUCGAUGGAUCGCUAAACUUCUAUCGCAACUGGACCGAGUAUCGGAAUGGUUUUGGUGACAUUGAGAAGGAGUUCUGGAUCGGACUGGAACGACUAUAUCAGCUGACAUCGGGGCGACCCCAUGAACUGAUGGUUGAGCUGAGAAACAGUAACGGGACUUAUAAAUUUGCACUCUACACGGCAUUCGAGAUCGGCAGUGAAACCGAACAAUACAAUCUGAAAACCCUUGGAGAGUACAACGGAACUGCAGGGGAUUCUCUGUCACAACACAAGAAUAUGAAAUUCUCGACGUUUGAUCGUGAUAAUGACUUAGGAAACGGAAAUUGUGCUGAAUCAUUUGAGAGUGCCUGGUGGUACAAUGACUGUUAUCAUUCCAAUUUGAACGGGCGAUACAAAGAUAUAGACAAAAGAAACUUGAACAAUUGGAACACAUUCACUAGAGAAGGACUGGCCUUCUCAAGAAUGAUGAUACGACCAAAAGAAUAA